AGCGACGCGAAGCGGGUUUCGACGCGGCAAAAUAGUGAAGAGCGGCAAGCGCAGGCGGCGAGUUUAUUUUCACGAGAAAGUUUGGUACUCGGGAGACCGCACCUAGCGUUGUGCGUCCAGUUUCUAUCACGAUCUCCAUUGUAAAUAUGCUGUGCUAGUAACGUGAAUGUCAGACACAAUGAGUUUUUCCAGUGAUGAGGUCAAUUUCCUGGUCUAUCGAUAUCUACAGGAAUCCGGUUUCCAACAUUCUGCUUAUACAUUUGGAAUAGAGUCACAUAUAUCGCAAAGUAAUAUCAAUGGAGCACUUGUACCACCGGCAGCACUCUUAUCUAUUAUACAGAAAGGAUUACAGUAUACAGAAGCAGAGAUAAUGAUAGGUGAAGAUGGUACUGAACAUAGAAUGGUAGAGUCUUUAUCUUUGAUUGAUGCUGUUAUGCCUGAUAUUGUGGCUACACGGCAAAAUCAAAUUAAUCAGCAGAAACAGCAAGUGAAGACUGAAGGUCAAGAUACCAAUGGUGAAGAAG